GAGAAAGGGACAGGAAGUCUCAGAGGCAGGAGAGCAGAGCAGCCAGAUCUGUCUGGCAGGAACAGCCAGUGGGAGGAUCCAGCUGAGCGAGCACUCCACAGAGGUGAGCUGACCCACCAGCCACAGCACAAGGGAGCAGGCUGUGAGAACAGAAAAUUGCUGGGCAGAGCUGAUGAACUCCAUGCCGUGAUUUAUCUUCAAAGCAAGGAUUUUAGAGCCAUCUUGGAAGUUGUGGGUCCUGCCUGUCUAUCUCCACAAAGCAAAUGUGGAAGGACAAAGCAUCCUCUCAGCCUGUGGUGUUUGGAGAUCGUAGCAUCAGCCUGGAGACUCUUGUGAAAUAUAAAGAAUCUUGCAUCAUCAGCAUCAUGCUAUUACAAUCCCAAACCAUGAGGGCUUUUGACAUCUUUACACCAAAGGGCAUCACUAUCCCUGAAAGAGAGAAACCUGAACACAUGUACCAAAAAGAUUACCUGCAGAGUGGGCUGCCAAAAGAAGCCACCGUUCUCGGGAUUGUCCAGAUCCUGUGUUGCCUGAUGAUAUCAAGUUUGGGGGUCAUCUUGGUUUUUGCUCCCUACCCUUCCCACUUCAAUUCAGCAAUUUCCACCACUUUGAUGUCUGGGUACCCAUUUUUAGGAGCUCUGUGUUUUGGCGUUACUGGGUCCCUCUCGAUUAUCUCUGGAAAGCAGUCAACUAAACCCUUUGACCUCAGCAGCCUGACCUCAAAUGCAGUAAGUUCCGUUACUGCAGGAGCGGGCCUCCUCCUCCUUGCUGACAGUGUGGUAGCCCUGAGGACUGCCUCUCAAAAUUGCGGCUCAGAAAAGGAGUAUCUAUCUUCACUGCCUUAUUCGGAAUACUAUUAUCCAAUAUAUGAAAUCAGAGAUUGUCUCCUGACCAAUGUCAGUUUAACAGGUGUCCUAGUGGUGAUGCUCAUCUUCACUGUGCUGGAGCUCUUAUUAGCUGCGUACAGUUCUGUCUUUUGGUGGAAACAGCUCUACUCCAACAACCCUGGGCGUUCAUUCUUCUUGACCCAGUCACAAGAUCAUAUUCAACAGUACAAAAAGAGUUCUUCAAGGUCUUGGAUAUAAGUAACUCUUGGCCUCAGAGGAUAAAGGAAAAGUAACCCAGAAUUCAUGGUCAAGUGUGACUAGACUUUCCUGAAAUCUCCGCCAUUUUAGACACUGCAAAAUAAAUUUUUUCAAUAAAAACAACUUCUGUUUUGUGUUUGU